CCUGAAGUUUCCGUCACUAGCCCGGGCCCUCUAGCUAGUCCAUAUACUAGUAUACCGUCGAGUCAUGCAAGAUUUUCAUCAUCCAAUGAUACUACCUGCGACGGCGUCGGGAAUGCGUGGUCAAUAUAAUGCCGAAGCCCACCGAGCAACAUAUGACCAUAUCUCGUCGAUUCUAGACAAUGAACCCGCAUCUGCAAAUACACAGAUACCACCUGCGCUUGUCUUCUACGCGGCACGGAACAUCCUGCACCCCACUUUGAUUCUGGGACAGAUCCCAGAUUUACUUGAUUGCCUAGCCAUGGUUGACACUUUCCGGAGAUAUGCAGUCGAGGCGUCUUCUGUUGCGUUGUCGUGGCAGAAGUACUAUGCGAAGGAACUUAGUUCUGAUCCAGACAUGAUACUACUCACAGAAAGAGAGCUAAAGAAAAUCCAAGAUUAUGCUACGAACGACGAACGUGACAGGCUGCAUUAUAUCUUGGUCACUAAGAAUCUGUGUCUAUUGCAUGUUUACUACCUUAUGACGGCACCGGAGUCGUGUAUGCUUGCAAAACAUCUGAACGACUAUUUUCCGGGAUGCUUCCCGGGUCACGAUAUACCGUCUAAGCUAUUGUUUCAACACGGACUUUCCGACAGUGAGAAACAGAUUAUGGAAGACGCGUAUCAAGGAUGUAAGGAGUGGAUACUGGACGUCACCCAAUGGGAAGAGGAACGCGAACAAGAACAGGAGCAGUUGCUUGCGACCUUAACUGUAGAACAAGCUGACGCCGCAUUCCAGGAGGCCUUUCGAGAGAAAUUUCCUCCGCCAUGUUCUCAGGAAGAACUAGUUUCAGAUUUGGAUGACUACUUGAACACCGUGGAGAGAAUGAUUCGCAGGUUGGAAGAUUAUUUUCCUUCCGCCAAGGUUCUGGAGAGAUUAAAGCGAGCGACCUGAAUGACAUUAUGCUCCGUCUCAUAGACCGUUGUGAGUUUUGGAUCAUGCUGAUAUAUGCACCCCUCAAUACGGAGAGCAAGUCACAGAUUUCCUUAUCCGGAAAACAGACAGGCGACAGGCUGCUCCUGGUGCACCCCAUAUCGGUAUUGAGCGCGCAGCCAUAGUAGAUACACAGCACAGUACUAGUCCCAGGCUGCUGACAGUAAAAUGUAUCUAUGUAAACAACGUUUAUAUGGAAAGCCGCGCUUUGUUACCACCCGUGACAUGGGCCAAAAAUGGUAGUCACAAGUUGAAGACUCCGUACACCUCUAAAGAUUAAUGCGAUCGACAACCUGUGGGUUCCAUAUGAGUAUAGCGCGGCUGUCCGGCUUUUUGUCCUGCAGUUACAGUACUCACUGCGGAAGUGAGAAACUGAUCAGACCAUAUUCCGAGGGAGAAAGCGCAAGUGAGCAGAC